AUGGUUUCUGCUGUUGUGACUCUACGAAGUGCAAUUAAGGCCAAAAAGCCUUUGACGCUUUUGCCAGAAGGUUCCGAUAUAUCUGGAGCUCAGCAAUUGGUUAUAGGAGAUCAGGCGAUUUCAUUGGACGAAGAAACAGGGUUUACCAAUGAAGAGGAUAAAGUCAAUGAAACUUUGAGAGCAAUAUAUCAAAGUUGGCUACAUCGGGAUUCGAACACGACGGAUUAUUUUGCCGAUUGUGAAGCCAAGAAGAUUCCAGUGAUCAGUUUCAUGGAGAGAACAGAGUUGAUUUCAUAUCUAAGUGGAGCUUCAGAGAAGUGUGAGCAUUUAAAGGGAGAAGAGGAGAAGGAGGAUAAUGAAGAACAGAAGAAACGUGGAGCGAAAUCGGAUAAAACGGCAGGUGGAAAGCGACAAAAGAUUAUUGAUUCAGACCCUUUCUUAAAGCUUGUACUAUCCAAUGAAAGAGAAGUCGUGGACCAUAACAAGGCACUUAGAGGAUCUAAAUUAGUUGAUUUUUCGAAUGUUGCCAAAGAAUGCGAAUACAAGAUCAUUCGGCCUUUGAAAAAGAGUUCUUCCAAGUCCGGAAGAUACCAUAGACACGGAGCAGAUGGUGUUUCUGGUGCCGCUGGUGUCGCUGGUGCCGUUGGUGCCGUUGGUGCUGGCUCACAGUCUCUCUCGGCUAUACUCAAACAUAAGGAUCCCAUUAUCAUACUCUCUCCCUCUGCGUCAGCUUUAAUUAAUAUGGGUAAUGUGAAAUCAUUUUUGGAGGAAGGAAAGUUCAUUGAUCCAUCGUCUGAGAACAACAGUGUCAGUAUGCAGAAAAUAGUGAGAAACUCGAAACUCUUCAAUAAGAAGAUCAAGUUUGUGGUAGUGAACGACGUGGAUAAGUUCUUUACGAAACCAGAACAUUGGGAUCGUGUGGUGGCAGUGUUCACUACGGGACAGCAGUGGCAGUUCAAAAACUAUCGAGAUUCAAAGCCCAAUGCACUUUUCCAGAAAGUGAAAGGAUUCUACGUUCAUUACAAUGGGGACCCAAUACCGGAAAGCAUUGAAACGUGGAACUUGGAGGUGAUCUCUAUAGAGAGAAGCAGGCGAUUCAAGGAUAGACAAACGAGUGAGUAUCUAUGGGAAAUGGUGGAGAAGUUUAUGGCGAGCCGAGGAUACAAGUAG